CGCGACAAUUAUCUUCAGAGCUCACAACCAUUACGAGCUGUCAACACAUCCGAACAUCCUAACCACACCUAUCGUAGUCUCGGACUGCAAUUCGCCAUUUCUACCCUCGGAGUAUCACGUUCAUAUGCGCGAGUAAAUAGCAACAUCCUGCUCAGCAAUCCAGUGAGCGACGGCUCUGCAACUCUCGCGCAAUUGCUCACGAACUCCCUACCCGUGGGCUGUAAUCGCCAAUCCCGACGGAUCUUGUUUGCGCCUCAUUUCAAAAGAGCUCCGGCUUCUGGAGCUACAAAGCGUGUCUACAAUAAUCUCUCAUUGAGCAUCGCCAGUCAGCAGUAAGCUAUAGGCGGGACGCGCAGACAUAUAUUGAAAAUGGUUGGCAAGAAGUCUGGCCGAGCCCAACUUAAGGAAGAAGGGCUCGAACGAACGGAUAAUAACCUCGACCUCACAACAUGGCCUCAAGUAUCGAUGAUCAACCAGAAGAACUACUAUACCGAGUUCCUGAAACGCGAAGAACAAUUUCUAGCCUUUCGAGCUCCUCAGGAGGAAGCCACUGCACGCAUGGUACAACAAGCGCGAGACAAGGACCGCGCAUUGGCAUUCGGUGCGUCUGUUGACGGCAACAUAGAUCAAGCAGAGGAACAAACAGAAGAUGUGGCAGCAGCGUCUACGCAGGACUACUCCUCCAAAUUGGUUAUCCUUCACGUAGGGAGUCAGAAUCUGAGGAUCGGCCUGGGUACCGAUGCCCUACCUAAAUCCGUGCCCAUGGUCAUUGCUCGGCGAUGGAAUGAGAGCGAGUCUGAAGAGGGAGACGGUGAACCAUGCCCCAAGCGACAGAAGGUGGAUGGUACAGCUGCUUCGCCAGAAAAGUGGUUUGGCGAGGAUUUUGCCAAUCAAUACCAAACGAUGUGCUCAGAACUGAGAACUCGCAUGCGCAAUAAUAAGCGCAGGGUUCUGCCCAAUUCCAAGGAACUCGUAGUAAACUACAACCGACGCGCAACGGCCGAGCAUAUUUCUGAGCAUAACGAUGUUAUCCAGGUUGAAUGGACAGAAUUGCCGACGGAUCCAAAGAAAGCACCCGAGUACUUCACAGGAAAUGAUGCCCUUCGUCUUCCUGAGAAGUCUAAUCCUAGAUAUAAGCUGUUCUGGCCCAUCCGGAAUGGUACUUUCAAUGAGAAGGACUACAACACGCGGAGCCAGAUUUAUCACGAUAUUUCAAAGAUAUUCGAAGAUGCACUGAAAACCCAAUUGGGGGUUGCUGACCCGAAAGAUCUUGCGAAUUAUCGCUGUGUUUUCAUAAUCCCUGAUCUCUAUGAACGAGAAUACGUGACCAUGAUUCUCGAUAUCCUUAUCAAGGACCUUGGGUUUGGGAAGGUCUGUCUACAACAAGAGAGUCUAUCAGCUACAUUUGGCGCUGGGUACUCAAUUGCGUGUGUAGUCGACAUUGGUGCUCAAAAGACUUCGAUCUGCUGCGUUGACGAAGGUUUGUGCAUUGAGGAAUCGCGGAUAAACAUGAAGAUGGGCGGUGCGGAUGUAUCGGAGACAUUCAUCAAGAUGAUGCUCUUCGAUCAUUUCCCAUACUCGGAGAUGAAUUUGAAGAGGAGGUACGACUUCUUGCUAGCAGAGGAACUGAAGCAGAAGUUUUGUUCCAUGGAUGAAUCCCAAGUUACAGUCCAGACACUGGAUUUUCAUUUACGAGCUGCCGGCCAGAACACGCGACGAUAUCAGUUCAAGACCUAUGACGAGACAAUGCUAUCCGUGAUGGGUUUUUUUAAGCCACAGAUAUUUGAUCAUUCGCGAAAAUUAGAAGGACGCAGGAGUGUCAUACAGCGCGCGGUUGAUCUCUACGAUGGCGCACCUAAUGAUCCUUUAUCGACUGCGCAAGAGACUGUCAUUAACAAUGCUGCCGGACAGGCACCGGCAUCCAAUGGUACCCAGGAGGCCACCAAUGGGCCCCCCGUCAUGGCCACACCAAGUCGCCAUAAUCUCAUCAAUAGAUUGACCGAAGCCGAGGGCACGCCUCGAUCGUCUGUAGCUGGUUCACCAGCUCCAGAAGGAACGCCGAAUCCUGAUCGCGAUACACCGAUGGGCGAGACCGAUCAACCACUCAUAUUCCGGGAUCCUAUCUUAGAGAAGACCAAGGCUGCAGAAGAGAGAGAUAAGGUCGUCCCUGUUAUACCUCUUGAUCAGGCAAUUCUCGAAAGCUUGACUCAAGGUGCUCGUGGCGAGGAACGGAAGAUGCGUGACUUCUUCGGUGGCAUUAUGCUUAUCGGUGGAGGUAGCAAGACGCCAGCUCUCCAACAGUUUCUCGAGACAAGACUCAGGGAACUGCGACCUUACUAUGGAAAGGAGAUUCUUGUCGGAGCGCCGCCGAGGGAUUUUGAUCCUCAAGUAGUUGCCUGGAAAGGUGGAAGCGUCUUUGGCAGGCUGUCAACGCAUGGAAACGACAGCUGGAUCAGCAAGUCUGAGUACAACAUCCUCGGCAGCAGACUGUUAACGCACAAAUGUAUGUUCGCCUGGUAGAGGGUGUCAGACCAUAUUUGGUCAAGCGGGAACAAUAUACAUCUAGAAUCAUCAUCACUAUCGAAUGUUAGCUCAAUAUUACUAUUUAUUCCCCC